AUGUCGCAGUACCAAAAUAUUUUUAGUGCUUAUCGCGCGCCUUCCAAAGGCUGCGAUGCACUGGAGUUGAAUCCCAACCAGAAAUGUAGGGAACACGUCCUUGUCAUACACAACGGCCAGAUGUUCACCUUCAACGCGUGCGAUGCGCGAGGAAUGCCCCACGACGAAAGAAGGAUCCUGACUCAACUCAUCAGAGUCGUGGAGAUGUCGCCCGAGAAGGACGUUGGUGUGGGCAUUCUGACGACUGCCGAGAGAGACGUCUGGGCUGAGGCGUACGGCAGACUUGGCCAGAAUACCCAAAACGCGGCGUCUCUGGAAGCGAUCAAGAAGGCCGCUGUCGUGGUGUGCCUAGAUGGCGGGCUGGAAGACGCGGAGCCCUUCGAAGUGGCCUGGCCUCGGCAAGUAUACAGAGGAGGCCCGAAGGCCGAGCAUGCAGCCAAUCGCUGGUGGGACAAGCCGGUACAGAUUGUCCUGGGUGAAGACGGAGGGUCCGCCUUUCUGUUUGAUCACACAGUUUGCGACGGCACCGUGAUGGCCAGAAUCACAAGUCACUGCUACAAUUACGCCAUAAAAGCAGGGAGCUUCGAGGCAUCUGAUGGGAACGCGGAAGUUGUUCCUCAAAAGCUGGAAUUCGUCCUCGGAUCCGACACCUUACACGACCUAGAGAAGGCGACGUCUUUUCAAAUUAGACACUCCGAUGACACCGACCGGCUAUAUUAUCAAUUUCCGAACUACGGAAAGAAGUUCGUAAAGUCGUGCAACAUGAGUCCCGAAGGCUACGUGCAGAUGGCCAUGCAACUGGCGGUUUUCAGGUAA